AAAUAUAUCGCCAAAUAAAAUGUCAAGUAUAAAUUUUAAAAGUUUAGAAGAAUGUCUCGAAAAACAUAUACCGGCCGAUGAGUUGAAAGAAGUGAAGCGAAUUCUAUACGGCAGAUCAGAUGACAAUGUUCUGGAACUUCCCGCCGAAGCCAAAAAUAUUGCUGCGGAACAUGGCUUCGAGAUCAAAGGUUAUCGUAUUACCGCCAAGGAGGAACAAAUGCGUAAAACACGUCUUGUAAAAAUUGGUGCCAUACAAAAUUCGAUUGUACUGCCCACAACUGCUCCACUGGAGAAGCAACGUGAAGCCAUAUGGAAAAAGGUGACAACAAUGAUAAAAGCCGCUGCAGCGGCUGGUGUCAAUAUUGUUUGUAUGCAGGAGGCAUGGACCAUGCCAUUUGCUUUCUGCACCCGCGAAAAAUUCCCCUGGUGUGAUUUUGCCGAAGAGGCCGAACAUGGUCCCACCACUAAAAUGCUACAAGAACUAGCCAAAGCCUACAACAUGGUAAUCAUUUCGUCGAUAUUGGAACGUGAUAUGGAACAUGGUGAGACCAUCUGGAAUACCUCAGUUGUUAUAUCGAAUCGUGGUCGUUAUAUGGGAAAACAUCGUAAAAAUCAUAUACCACGUGUUGGCGAUUUCAAUGAAGCCACCUAUUAUUGCGAGGGUAACACUGGUCAUCCUGUCUUUGAAACAGAAUUUGGUAAAAUUGCCAUUAACAUCUGUUAUGGUCGCCAUCAUCCACAAAAUUGGAUGAUGUUCGGUUUAAAUGGUGCUGAAAUUGUGUUCAAUCCUUCGGCAACGGUGGGAGCGCUAAGUGAACCUUUGUGGUCAAUUGAGGCUCGUAAUGCUGCCAUUGCAAAUAGUUAUUUUACAGUUGCCAUUAAUCGUGUCGGCAAUGAAGAAUUCCCCAAUGAAUAUACAUCGGGUGAUGGCAAACCGGCUCAUAAAGUAUUUGGUCCAUUUUAUGGUUCCAGUUAUGUGGCGGCACCUGAUGGCUCGAGAACACCGAGCUUGUCACGUGAUCAAGAUGGCCUCCUUAUAACCGAAGUUGAUUUGAAUUUAUGCCGCCAAAUUAAGGACUUCUGGACAUUCCGUAUGACUCAGAGACUGGACUUGUAUGCCGAGUCAUUUAAACGUGCCUCACAAUUAGAUUUUAAGCCACAAAUUAUUAAAGAAUAGUUUAUAAAUAUU